GAGAGAGAGAGAGGUCUGGGGACGCUGCUGCCAUCGCCGUCGGGCAGAGGACUAAUGGAUAUCCGGCUCACUCCGUCUCAUUUACGGUUGUUGUAAACUAACAAAACAACAACAACAUUGCUCACAUCUACCUGGCUAGUAGCUAGCUAGCAGCCGAGCCUGCUGCUGCUGGAGAAGAGACUCCCGGGCGUUGGAUAGCGAGGCAGGGAUGGAGGUCGUGGUGGAGUACGAGUACGAUGCGCUCCACGAGGACGAGCUGACCCUGCGGCCGGGCGAUGUCAUCAAGAACGUGCGGUACAUAGAGGAGGACGGCUGGAUGGAGGGGGACCUCAACGGGAAAAGGGGCCUCUUCCCCGACAACUUUGUGAAGGAAGUGAAGAAGGAAUCCAAAGAGGUCAAGGAAACCAAGAGUGAGCCAAAAGAGGAGGCCUCUCAGCCUCUGAGGAGAGAGAAGAGCGCGGGGAACGUGGCCAACCUGGUCCAGAGGAUGAGCACCAUCGGCAUCCCCACCGGAGGCUUCCUGCCUCAGCCGCCCGCCGCUUCAAAGAAGCCCAAGAGGAGACAGUGCAAGGCUCUGUUUGACUAUCAGCCGCAGAACGAGGACGAGCUAGAGCUGAAGAUCGGAGACAUCAUAGACAUCGUCGAAGAGGUUGAGGAGGGCUGGUGGAACGGCAGCUUCAACGGCAAGUCGGGACUGUUUCCCUCCAACUUUGUCAAAGAGCUGGACGCAACGGGGGAGGACGGAGACGCCAACGACGCGGCCGCAGACGAGACCGAUGGAAGUGGAAUGGAAAGCGGCGCCGCCUCCACGUCCCCUCAGCCUGCAUCAGGGAACGGAGUCAUUGCUCAGCCCAAGAAGAUCCGAGGCGUAGGCUUCGGCGAUAUCUUCAGAGAAGGGUCGGUCAAACUAAAGGCCCGACUGCCGAGCCCCGAAACAGAGGAGAGGAAGGACAGACCAAUCCCAUCAUUACCAUCCGCUGCAAAGCCCGCCCAUCCCAACAUGACAGACUCGCAGAGAGCAGACGGAGACGGCAAAUCCAAAGCGAAAGAGUACUGUAAGGUCACAUUUGCUUUUGAGGCGACGAAUGAGGACGAGCUGACCAUCAAGGAGGGAGAUAUCAUCCACAUCCUGAGCAAGGACACAGGAGAGCCCGGCUGGUGGCGAGGGGAGAUCGGGGGCAGAGACGGAGUUUUCCCAGACAACUUUGUAGUCCUGGUGUCUGAAUCUGAGAGGGAGACGCCCACGUCGAGAGGGUCGCUGAGAUCAUCUCCCAAGCAGGAGUCAGAAGAGAAGCCGAAGAAGCCACCUCCCCCAUCAAAAAGCAUAGCUCUCAGGCCGGAGGUUCCCAGCGCAGACAAAAAGCCUCAUCCCGUCAGGCCCGAGGACAGAGUCGACAGGCCGUCCAAGCCCGCGGCGCCGGUGGUCCCGCCCAAGAAGCCGGUCCCGCCUCCCGGGAAAGGCAGGCCGGGAGGCUUCCUCCCCAAGAGGCCAGACAAGCCUCUCGCUCCCUCGCCGAACCUUAAGCACAAUGGAGAGGUGCCUUCUAUGCGACCAAUGUCCGCCUUGGAGCCGUUAUUGUCCACCAGACCCAAAACUCUGUCCGGGGACUGGGGGGAAAAGUCCUCAGAUACGGAUCUGAUGAGUUUUGACGAGUUGUCGUCUACCUCGGAGAAGCUGUCUCACCCCACUGCUAAUAGACCAAAGAUGCCUGGCAGGAGGCUGCCCGCCCAGUUCGGCGGAGGACAUUCGCCCACCAAGGAGCUGAGCGUGGAGAAAUCCUUCAAGAUCGAUGAGGAAGAUGCUGCUGCCAAACCAAAGCUGACAGAAACCAGAAAGCCUUCCACAAACAACUUAUCCCAGUCACCGGCACCCCUGAGGCCCGCCUUCACCAGCACCGAGGCCAAGCCGAGCCCUGCGGCAGCCCCAAGCUCAGAGGGCAGCAGGGCCCGGCUGGAACCUGAAGAGCCGAGCUCCCAGCUGGACGAGCUGAGGAGCCAGAUGAAGGAGCUGCUGAUGUCCGUGGAGCUGCUCAAGGCCCAGCAAAUGAAAGAGAUAGCGGAGCUACGGGGAGAGCUGGAUGAGGAGAGGCUGAAGCGCGUGGCCCUGCAGAUGGAGAUAGAAAAACUGAAGCGGAGCGUCCACUCAACGUGAAGCCAGCGUCCUGAUCAACGGCGAGCCUCGGGGUCAGCCGACCGGCCUGUCGCACCGACCGGAGAGCAGCUGGAAGGGCGGACGACUGGAUGGAGAGUUCAGCCGACGGGAGAGAGGGUGGGGCAAAAUCACGUGAACCACCUCGAGCACAAUCCUUCUCUUUUUUUUUUUUCUCAGUGACCUACGAAAAAUAAACUCUCACAAUAUUUGUAAGAUUUACACUUUUGCACACAUACAUUUUUUUUUUUCAAGCUAGAUGUAAUUAAGUUACAAAUGUAUACGUUUCUUUUUUCUUUUCUUUUUUUUUUGCCAACACAAAAAUACAAAACGGAGGCCUUACUUCAAACUACUGCGCUGCCACUCCCACUCUCUCCUCCUGUCACUCCAGCGUUCCUUGAACCCCUCAGGGAGGAGGUUCGCUCUCAGUACUACUGACUUUGUAUAAAGCAGGGGAGCGCUUGUUUUCCUUGCCUCAUUUAUUUUUCUUUCUUGUUUUUUUUUUUUUUUUUAACGAUGCACAAAUUUUAAAAAAAGAAAAUGUUUCCAGUUAUCUUCUGAUUCCUCAUAGCGAAUGAUUUUCCUUUUUUCCCAGUGCUCCACUCCAAGGCUGCAGCGCUUUCAGGAGCUCUGAUUUAUUUUUGUCUUUUUAUGUUUUUUCUAGCACUCCUACCCAGGGUAACACUACUGUGCCUGUUUAAAAAAAAAAAAAAAAAAAAAAUGAAUUAUAUUAAGUGUUUGUAACGGGAGCGUACAUAUAUACCACAAUGGUGUCUGGAAAGUUUGCAGCAUGAUAUAUAGUAUAUCUCUAUUUUUUAAGUCUACUGACAUGCCUAGUCAAAUACUAUAUCCAGGGCCUCUCCUAUGGCUGGUCACUUCUCUAUUUUUGUCGGAAUCGUUUCGCUCGCUGGGUUCUCAGAAGUUUAGCCAGAGUUAUAUAUAUCCUGCAGGUAAUGCAGAUCCACAAAACUGCACCCAAUCCACAAAACUGCACUCUUCUAUUAUCAAGGGUGCUGACCAACACAUAGAUCAUCUCUGUAAACCGCUUUUAAUCCGGCCACCUCUUAAUCCCUGUCGCGGCCCCUUUCUACCUCUUCCUCUCCUUGAUUCAAAGUGAUUAAUUUGUCUCUCCGCUCUGUAAUGUGUCGUGCACAAGAAUCAGUUGUCCUGACCUCAUCAUACAUGAUCUGUUCUAGUCUCCAUUCCAAGUACACGCUAACUGGAAGCAGCAUGAAUGAGUGAAUGGAAAUGAAUUAAAGCCCCUAUGUGUAGAUUUUUUUGUUUUACAUGGUUAUAUAAUCCUUCAAAAUACUUAUUCUUGGUGGAAGUUUAUGUGUGUGAAAAAAAUGAGACAAUCCCAAGUGAAAUUUAUGCAAUCUCUGUGUCUUCUUAGCCACGUAGCAUCAUAGCUCUAGCGCUAGCAAUCGCUAUCCGUCAGUCGGUUGAUCAGUCGGUCCAACACUUUAGGCCCAAACUGGAAUAUGUCAGUGAAUAUUGUCUGGAUUGCAAAAUAAUUUGGUACAUGCACGGUCACCAGAGGAAGAAUCCUUAUGGUGUUUGUAACCCCCUGCCAUCAACAAAUCAAAUUUAUCCAGGUGAAAUAUCUCAAUAUCUAACAGAUGCGUUGGCCAAACAUUCUUUGUUAUCAGAUGAUGCAUCAUUAUAUUUUCAGUGAUCCUCUGACUUUUCAGCAUAACGUUUAACAUAACGCCGAGCUGGAAAGCAGUGUUUCACUACCACCUCUCUGACCACACACAAACAGUGAGGUCACGGCGUACCGACUUACCUUGGAGUGCACUUCUAUGUCACUGCAGCAAGGUGCAGAUGGUUUUAAGUCUUUUUUUUUUUCGUCAAAUACUUAAACAAAUACAUGCUAAAAUAAUGAAAUUAACGUUAACACACUAAACUUAUACAUUAACAUUGUUGCCUGACCGAUACUGGAAUUUUUGAGGCUGACAAUAUAUGAACUUUAAAAAAAAAAAAAUCAUCCAACAGCAUGUCAACCACUUUGUUUCUUUAUUUAUAUACAGUGAGACAAUCCCAGAAAAAAAAAAGGAAACCUUAUCAAGAAUGUUUUUUUGCUGUAUACGCACACAGCAAAAAAUCAUUCUUGAUAAGGUGUCCUUUUUUUAUUCAAAUUACGAAAAAAGAUACGCCAACUCAACUAUACAGUCGUGGACAGCUGAAAAAUAAACUAAAAGUAAAGUUCUAUCCGCAAAAAAAAAGGGAAAUUGGUCAUGCUGUUUGGAAACGCAUCUUUCGAACACGUUAGCAUUUAGCUCUGAGCUGCUAGCACGGCUGACUCUUAAGUUUUCUUUAAUACCAUCAGUAGGAGUCGCCAAAGGCUAAAACAUUCAAAUCCCACACAUUAGAGCUUUAGGAGGAAGCUUCCAAACAGAAAAGGAAUCAGUUACUGUACACUGCUGUUUGAAAAAAAAAAAAAAGUACAGAACUGCUACUGCCUCUCUGGUUGCUAAUCUUUUAUUUAUGGUUUUUAAUAACCAUAAGUUGAUUCCUCUCACUGCGAGCGAGGUUCAGACCUACAGAAAUGAGUGGAACUAAUGCACAAUCGAGUGUGAGUUAGCCCCGAGUUCUGGAUGUACCGCGUGCGGUUCUGUGCUGACGAGCAGCUUAAUCCCAGAUGCUCUUUAGAAUCCGAGACCGGUAUAGUACGACCCCCCCACCCCCCUCUCUGGUCUUAUAUAUGGGUCAGAGGAACGUAUCAGCCCUGAGGGUUGAUCACAAUAUCCACAGCAGGAUUAAUUCCAAAUAUCAAAAUGUUGACUGUUUCACAUCUACUCCUGUGUACCACGAGUACUGGUUACUAUCAUUCCAUGUUUUCUUUAUGUUAAAUAUCUUUAAACAUGUCUCACAAAUGUCUUAAAAAAGUGUUACUUUACUUUUAAAUCAUCCUCAGGCUUUCUUUCAUGUGUUGGAUGUGUGUGUGCUUUCGCUGGUGUCUGCUCACAUACUUUGACCAAGUUGAUACUGCACAUCUGACCUUACAGAGCGUUUGGCACUCGCACGAUAUGUCGAUGCCUGACACUUCCUUUUAGCAAGCAGCUCUUAAACAAUACAGCCGAGCGAUGAAAUAAUCGGGCUACAUGUAAUAUCUGUAACACGACUUAACUUCCACAUUGUUGUACAUUCCAGAGUUUGACACCAAGACCAAGAAGAAGAAAAUCUGUGCACAUUUAUAACAUAUUUUCAAGUGAUUUUUUUUGUUUUUGUUUACAAGAGCUGUAUCAUUGCAUGAGCUGAGAUUCUUUUCAAAAAAAUGAAUAAAUAUCAUCUUUAUUUACAGUCA